AUAACCAACCAACCCUACUCCCACUGUGGUCUGCUCACUCACAGUGUGGUCGCGAUCACUCACUCCUCCCUAGUCUUACUUGCCCUAUAUAGUUAAGUUAAACCGCCGUUCCACGGACCAUAUCGGGCACCACUCCUGCCAUAUAUAUAUACUUGCUCCCCACCACUACGCAUUCCGUUUCAGACAUACCGGCGUGCAUGCAAUGGCUUCUCCGAUCGCCUUACCUUCCUCGAUUGGAUGCAUCUUAUUCGUCAUCGUGUCCUUCUUUCGAGGGUCGGUGGCCGGCGGGGUGACGUUCACGUUCACGAACCGGUGCGGAGGCACGGUGUGGCCGGGGGUACUAGCGAACUCGGGCAGUCCGCUGCUGGAGACGACGGGGUUCGCGCUGGCCUCGGGGGAGGCGCGGUCCAUGGCGGCGCCGGCCGGGUGGUCUGGCCGGUUCUGGGCGCGCACGGGGUGCGCCUUCGACGGCGCCUCCGGCAAGUGCGCCACGGGCGACUGCGGCAGCGGCGAGUUGGAGUGCCACGGCUCCGGCGCGGAACCUCCCGCCACGCUGGUCGAGUUCACCCUCGCCGGCGGCGCAAGCAAGGAGGACUACUACGACGUGAGCCUGGUGGACGGGUACAACGUGCCGGUGCUGGUGGAGGCAGCGGGGUGCCCGGCCACGGGGUGCCUCGUCGAUCUCAACGAGCGGUGCCCGCAGGAGCUCACGGCGUCGGCGGGACAGGGGUGCCGGAGCGCGUGCGAGGCGUUCGGGCGGCCGGAAUUCUGCUGCAGCGGCGACUUCGGCAAUCCUGACACGUGCCACCCGUCCACUUACUCGCAGGCGUUCAAGGCGGCGUGUCCGCGCGCCUACAGCUACGCCUACGACGACGCCACCUCCACCUUCACCUGCUCCGGCUCCGACGCCUACUCCGUCACCUUCUGCCCCCGCUCCGGCGCCAUCCCCAGCAGCCUGAAGUCGAGCAACGGCCCGUUGCCGAGGCCGGGCGACGUCGUCAACAGCGCGCAGGUCGCGGCGGACUCAUGGCUGGCGAGCCUGGCGACCGGCGAGUCCGACGCUGCAACAACGACGUCCGCGGCGUCAUUGCUGCUCCAGGCCGCUCUAGCGGCGGCGGUCAUGAGCUUGCUGGUGUCCCGCUAGACCGCUAACACCAAUCAGAAACAUUAAUUUGGAGCGAGUGUAAUUAAUUAAUUAAAAGAUAAUGACGUGAUGAGCAUCACAUUCUUUAGCCUUUUGCUUGUGGAUAGAGUGGGAUUGCUAGCAAAAGCAACCAACGAUUGUUUGCAAUGGUGUCGGUCAACCAGUGCGCUCUGCAUCAGUUGAUUCUAUCUCUCAAUUCGUGUUCCUUUUUGGAAUUCUUGAUGGUGUUCCUUUACCUGUAUAGAACAUGUUCUCUUCUUAAUUUAUUGCAUCUUCUUGUCA